AUGGACUCAGAAGCUGGCUCCGCCUCCAGUCGCUCCUCCUCCCCAGACCUGGCGGCGUACGCCCAGGUGCAUUCUGGGGGCUACUUCCCGCGGCGGGUGUUCCGGGGCGGGUACGGCGCGGCGGAGCAGGAGGAGGAGGAGGAGGAGGGGGCGAUGAUGAUGACGGUGGCGGUGGCGAAGGCUCGCGGCGAGGCGGGGCAGGACCUGCGUCUGAAGGUGAACAGCCGGGAGAGGAAGAGGAUGCACGACCUGAACCAGGCCAUGGACGGGCUGCGCGAGGUCAUGCCCUACGCCCAGGGGCCCUCCGUGCGCAAGCUCUCCAAGAUCUCCACGCUGCUGCUGGCCCGCAACUACAUCCUGAUGCUGUCGUCCUCGCUGGACGAGAUGAAGAAGCUGGUGGGGGAGGUGUACGGCGCGGGCGGCCUGUCCCGCCACGCCCCGGUCUCCACGGUACCCGCCCCGCCCCCGCUGCACCCCCUGGCCGCGCCCCUGCACUCGCUCCUGGGGGGCCCGCCGGCACCCCCCCCUCCGGCCCCCACCGCGGCCGCCCUCCACAGCCUGUCAGCCUCCUACCGGCACUUCCACGGCCUGCCCUGCCCCUGCGCCCUCUGCCAGCCCCUGCCCCUCGCCCGGCCCGGCCUGCACUGCCUCGCCUUGGGCAAGUGA